AUGGACUGCACUCUACGGCUUGGCCGUCCUAUUGCAAGGCUCACUGCAUUGCGCGGAAUGCGACGAUAUCCCUUCCCCGCGACAUAUGAAAAUGUGACAUUUCCGCCGGAUGAUCAGAGGAAGCUUCCGAAGAUGCCUAAAGAACCAUUCUACGACUUGGAAAAGGGCGAGCAGAAAUUCAAAACGGCCAAGCGAAUGAUGUGGUCUCGCGGCGUUGAAGAGAUUCACACCGAGUUGACACACGAGCAAUAUGGUCUUGCGGCCGUUUCCGGAGGAAUGAUUUCCGCUUCUGAUUUUGAUUUUAUUCAGGAUCGUGUGAAUAAAAACUUGUUGGUCAAUCAGUUUGCUGUAUGGCGUGUCGAUCCUCCAUGGCUCCCCAGGACUAAGAAAGCUCAGGGUCAGCGUUUGGGAGGUGGCAAAGGAUCAAUCCAUCACUAUGUUACCCCGGUCAAGGCGAAACGCGUGAUUUUGGAAGUGGGCGGAUACAUCACCGAAAUUGAGGCAAAAGCCUUCCUUCUGUAUCUUUGUGAACGAUUCAAAUUCCCUGUGGAGUUUGUCAGCCAGGAUCUUUUGAGUCAACGACGAGCUCGUGAGGAUUGGGAAGCGAGGAAUAAUAGGAAUACUUUCAAUUGGGACACCGUGAUCAAGUACAAUAUGCAAAACUGCACGAGCUGGUUGUCGCCAUACGAUGUCGAAUGGAAGGGAAAGUACCGA